AUGAGAAUUAUAGUUAUCGGUGCUGCACCGACAGGUCUUGGUGUAGCUUAUCGUCUUUAUCAAUUGCAAAACAAUAACAUUGAUAUUGCUAAAAAUGUCGAAUUAAUUGUUUUGGAGAAGGAAUUAUCACCUGGUGGAUUAAGUCGAACAGUUAUGGAUGAAAAUGGAUUUUUCUGGGAUAUGGGAGGACAUGUCACUUUUGAUCAUAAUUUACCUUAUUACAAGGAAGCAAUAUGUUGGGCCAUAAAUGAAUGGAAUAUUUUAACAAGAAGCUGUCAGGUUGAUAUAAGUUAUAUGUUCAACGAGAAAGGCUUACAUCUUGUACCGUAUCCGGUGCAGUAUGCAGUACCAAUGUUUCCAGCAAGCAUUAAAGCGAAAUGCUUGGAAGAUCUGCGAGAUCGGCGUAGAAAAUCAGCGGAAAGAAUUCCGCCAAAAAAUUUUAAUGAUUGGAUCGAAGAGCAUUUCGGGCCAACACUAAGCAAUUACUUCUUCAAACAGUAUACUCGAAAGGUUUGGACUGUAAGACCGGAUCAGAUGAAUCCGGUAUGGAUUGGAACUCGAGUUGCUAUGAUACCUUAUGAAAAAUUGGAAGAAUUUUGUGCCAUGAAUGAAGAAGAUUUAAAGGUUAUUAACAUUGAUGCUAAAAGAAAAACAAUUAUGUAUGAAAAUGAACGAUAUGGAAAGGUAAAUCUCAGCUAUGAUAUACUUAUCAAUACAGGACCUAUUGAUCAACUAAUCAAAUACACUAAAUUAUGUCAGCAAAUUGAUUUAAAAUACAAUAAGGUAUUUGUGAUAGGUGUUGGCUUAAUAAAACCAAUGAGUCGAGUUGCAGAACAAUUUACUUGGCUUUAUUUUCCGGAAAAUACCGUACCGUUCUAUCGUGUUACUUUCUUAUCACGUUAUGGUGAGGUGACCCCAGAUAAUGAUAAGUAUUGGUCAGUACUAUGUGAAUGUGCCUAUGAUAUCAAUGAUAACAGUAUUAGUGAGGAAGAAAUAAAAGAAAAAACAAUUAAAUGUCUAAUACGGAAAUCAAUCAUUUCACGUGAACAGAUUGUUAGUCUGUUUUCAACAUUGCUACCAUAUGGAUAUCCUAUACCCACUGUGAAUAGAGAUAAUGAAUUAACCCGUGUUCAUCAAAUUCUUGAAAAGCAUGAAAUAUAUUCGAGAGGUCGAUUUGGUGGUUGGAAAUAUGAGGUAUCAAAUCAGGAUCAUUGCUUUAUGCAAGGCAAAGAAAUUAUUGACAGACUGUUAUUGGGUGAACCAGAAAUAAUUUACAAAAAUGGAUUAUCAGCAUCUCAAGAAUGA